AUCUUAUCUGCUUCUGUGGUAUUUUUUGGUUACAUUUCGGGUAUUGCAUUGUUAAUCUCGGGUUAUUGAGUCCAGUGGCCGUGAUUUGUGCAUCGACCAGUUGGAAGAGAGGGAGCAGUUGAUCUGCGAAUAGUUCCACGCGCUGGCACCAAUUGUUUGCAUGCGUUGCACUUAGUCUGGCGAUCGGUUGGCGAGGCGAGAAACAACCUGUGGCAGCCAGCGGAUGAGAACCUGGAUUCGAUACGAAUCGACACGUUUGGACCGGACAGGAUGAGCUGCUUUAGUGCGAUGAGUGCCCCGCUGCUGGGCGAGAUGGAGCAGACCAUUGGCAUGCUGGAGCGCGGCACCAUCGUCACCAAGUUGUAUGGGAAACAGCGUCGUCCGGAUCGCCGCCACCUGAUGCUCAUACGAGAGACCCGACAGCUGCUCUGGGCUACGGUGGCCACCCAAACGCCACGCACCGACUACGAGGGCGCCAUACAGCUGCGGGAGAUUCGCGAGAUACGGGUGGGCAAGCACUCGAAGGAGUUUCGCCUGUUCGCCGACGACUGCCAGCGCUUCGAGUCCAGCAAGUGCUUUGUCAUACUGCACGGCAAUCACUUCAAGCUGAAGAGCUUCUCGGUGGUGGCUCUGUCGGAGAUCGAGGCCGAUAAUUGGGUGCGGGGCUUACGUUACAUGGUUAAGGACACUCUGGGAGCACCAUAUCCUUUGCAAAUUGACCGCUGGCUGCGUCGCGAGUACUACCAAAUCGAGAAUGUCAACACGCAUUCCGCCAAGGCCACGGAACAGUCGCCAGCCCAGGUGACCAUCAAGGACUUUAAGCUCUUUUUGGCCGGAGUUAGCUGUAAGAUGACCACCGGCAAGUUCAUGGAGCACUUCACCGAGGAUGUGCGGCGCAAGCACGAUCUCAAGUUUGACGAUUUCUCGCGGCUAUAUCAGAAGUUGUUGCUGCCAAACGGAUUUGCCAGCGUCUUGUCCGGUUCGGGAGUGGCCAACUUUCCCUAUUCGGAGGACCAACAGGUGGUGCGACCGGCGGAGCUGAAGCAGUUCCUGGAGACGGAACAGCGCGAUGUUAGCGCCAGUGAGAUCAGUAACGCAGCCAUUGCGACCUUCAUUCGGGACUUUGUUCAGGACGUGGAACGUGACGUCCAAGAGCCGUAUCUCACCUUCCCGGAGUUCGUGGACUUUCUGUUCUCCAAGCAAAACGACCUGUGGAACAGCAAGUACGACCAGGUGUUCAUGGACAUGAACCUGCCGUUGUCCUCCUACUGGAUCGCAUCGUCGCACAAUACCUACCUGACGGGCGAUCAGUUCUCCAGCGAAUCCUCCUGCGAGGCCUACGCCCGCGCCCUUCGCAUGGGCUGCCGCUGCAUCGAGCUGGACUGCUGGAAUGGGCCCGACAAUCUGCCCUACAUAUUUCACGGCCACACCAUUACCUCGAAGAUAAAGUUCAUGGAUGUGAUCAAGACGAUCAAGGAUCAUGCGUUCACCAGCUCCGAGUAUCCGGUAAUAUUGUCCAUAGAGCAGAACUGCUCCCUGGAGCAGCAGCGGAAUAUGGCGCAGGUCUUGAUCGAAGUUUUCGGCGAUAUGCUGCUUACGCAACCUUGUGAUCGAAACGAGCAGCACUUGCCAUCGCCAUACCAGUUGCGUCGCAAGAUAAUCCUGAAGCACAAGAAGUUGCCGCAGUUUGACGACAUCACGAAUGGGAUUUCUAGCACGGGUUCACUGGGCCAUAGGUCAUCGUUGGGUGGAGCUCCAGGGGAGAACGAUGGCGAGAAUGUGCGCAAGGUGUUCAAGGAGGGGCUGCUCUACUUCAAGGAUCCGGUCGAUAAGUCCUGGAAUCUGUAUCAGUUCGUUCUGACACAUCAGGAGCUGAUCUACUCCUCCGAGAUCAACGAGUCGCGCAACGGAAACUCCGAGGAUGACGACUUUGGGCUCUCUUCGUCGUGCUCCCUGAACAGCAACAUGCAGCAAAAGCAAAAGGAUACCUCGGCCAACGAUGAGCUGCACUUUGGCGAGAAUUGGUUCCAUGGCAAACUUGAAGGUGGCAGAAAGGAGGCGGAUGAUCUACUAAAGAAGUAUAAACAUUUUGGCGAUGGUACAUUUUUGGUUCGGGAAUCGGCCACGUUUGUGGGUGACUAUAGUCUUUCGUUCUGGCGACGAAAUCGCCCGAAUCACUGCCGCAUCAAGCUAAAGCAUGAAAACGGAUCGAUCAAGUACUAUCUAGUGGAGAAUUUUGUGUUCGAUUCACUAUACUCACUGAUCGUUUACUAUCGCAAGAAUAUGCUGCGCAGCUCCGAGUUUUCGAUUAUACUGAAGGAGCCAGUUCCGCAGCCGAAAAAGCACGAGGAUCAGGAGUGGUUCCACCCGAACACCACCAAGGAGCAGGCCGAACAGGGCCUAUAUCGGCUGGAAAUUGGUUCGUUUCUGGUGCGGCCAUCGGUGCAGAGCAUCAACGCCUUCGUCAUUUCGUUCACAAUCAAUCGAAAGAUCAAGCACUGUCGCAUUAUGCAGGAGGGACGUUUGUACGGCAUCGAUACGAUGAACUUUGAGUCUCUGGUCUCGCUGAUCAACUACUAUACGCGAAACCCACUCUAUCGCAAUGUGAAGCUCAGUCAUCCGGUGUCGCAGGAGCUGUUGCGUCAGGCGCUAGCAGAGGCGGCCCAGGGUGAUCAUAGUGGCGGCCACGACGACAACGGUGCCUCCAACUACAUGGGCUCCAAUCUGGAGGAGAAUGUCACCUGUAAGGCGCUCUACAGCUAUAAGGCGAACAAGCCAGACGAACUCUCUUUUCCCAAGCACGCCAUCAUAACGAAUGUCCAGCGGGACAACUCGAUGUGGUGGAUUGGGGAUUACGGUGGCAUGAUCAAGAAGCAUCUGCCGGCAAACUACGUAAAGGUUAUCGAUUCAACCACCGAGGACUACAACUCGCUGAACGAAGAGGGCACGGAUGGACGCACCGAUUCCAUUGAGAUUUUCGGUGCGGUUGCCUCGCUCUUUGAGUCCAACGAUCCGGGGAUUAUCUUCAAGCUGCAGAUACAAACGCCAACGAUGCAGAAUCCGUUUGUGAUUGGCUUCGACAACCAGGAGACGGCGUACGAGUGGAUAAAGGCAAUCCAGGAGGCGGCCCUCAUCGCCAGUCAGCUGGCAUCGCAGAGGCGGAAAAAGGAGCGCACUGCCCGGGUGGCCAAGGAGAUGUCCGACCUGAUUAUCUACUUCCGCAGCGUGCCGUUCCGCGAGCAUUCGUGGAUAUUUCAGGAAAUGUCGAGUUUUCCCGAAACGAAGGCCGAAAAGCAGUUCUUCCAGCAGAACACACAACUGUUUCUCUCCUACCAUCGCAAUCAGAUUAGCCGAGUGUACCCGAAGGGUCAGCGCUUGGACUCGUCGAACUUUAACCCAAUGCCAUUCUGGAAUGUUGGAUCCCAGAUGAUCGCACUGAACUAUCAGACAGGCGAUAAGGCCAUGCAGCUGAAUCAGGCCAAAUUCCGAAAUAAUGGACAAUGUGGCUAUAUCUUGAAGCCGUCGUUUAUGAAAUCGGACAGCUUCAAUCCGAACAAUCCGCUGUGCGAUGGCCUAAGCGAAGUUAAAGUUAGCAUACGUCUAAUAGCCGCACGUCAUCUAUUCCGGGGCGGCAAAUCGAACAAUCCGCAGAUCGUGGUCGAAUUGGUUGGCGCUAGCUUUGAUACGGGCGUUAAGUACCGCACCAAAGUCAAUGAGAAUGGCUUCAAUCCGGUGUGGAAUGAAUCGUGCGAGUUCAACGUGCGCAAUCCACAGUUCGCGAUCCUUCGCUUCGAAGUGCAGGACGAGGAUAUGUUCGCCGAGACGCACUUCAUCGCCCAGGCGUGCUAUCCGCUGACCUGCAUUCGCCAGGGCUAUCGCAGCGUCAUCCUGCGCAAUAAGUUCAGCGAGGAGCUGGAACUUUCGUCCCUGCUGAUCAACAUUAAGAUUGCAAAUGUCACCGCUCCGUAGGAGGAUUGUUGGGUUAGGAUCAAUAUCAAUACGCAAACGAUGAUUCCAAAUCGAAGGGGAAAGCUAAUUCGAAAAGCAAUUUAUCAACAACUGUAUAUAAGAACAUUUCAUCGAACUAUGAACCUGAUUCUCCCACUUGUAAUAGUCUUAGUAUCUGAAACGUAUGAUUUAGAUUUAGAUUACUUUCUCUGCACAUCAGCAGUUAUGGUUAGUUCAUACCAUACAAAUGAGUAUUCAAAUGGUAACCAUGAAUUCUGAACUCCUGGAACUGAAAUCAAGUUUAUGUAAUCCCUGCGUUCAAGUCGGUUGUCCUCUAUAUGUUGUAUUUGUGCGUGAGAUUGAUUCAGGAGAACAGAAUAUUACAAAUAAGUUUUAACUAUGCGUCACCUCAUUAUAUGCAUAAGCAAACCAGAAUGAUUUGAUUUCGAUUUAGGGAACUACUUGGAGCUAUUUCCAUUUGGUUUCACCAGCAAAAGUUGUACAUUAAGUUGAUUCCAAAAGUAGAAAUGGAAAAUAUUCAUAAACAGCUCAAAUGGAAUCGAUUUUUGAUGGGCAUUUGAUAUUCAGUUUCAGGAUCAGCUUUUUAUAAGUAUUACAAUCUUCUUAAAGACUUUUAACUGAAGAAAAUAUCAUUUGUGAGCACCCGUUCUUUCAAAUAUUAGCUGAAAAACUAUUUUAGACCUUUCUUUUAGCACAAAUACCCAAACAGCAUUUCAAUCAUUUAGCAUUUACCUUUUUAUUUUCUCUUUUUAAAGCUUAAAGUAAUAAUACAAUUUAUAAAAAGGCAAACCUCUUUGAUUACAUAAGUCUUCCAGUUGUUUAACAAUUACGAUAUACCACAUAAUUGUGUCUAUUGUUGUAGCUAAUGUUACAAAAACUACAAGUUUGGAAACAAUAUUAAAAUAAAUUGUAAUUAUUGUGAGGUGUGUGAUGCAAUUACAUCAAAAUGAAAGUGCCUAAAAAUUCGAAAUGAUCGAAAUUUGAAAUGUUUGAAUGUUAACUAUUGAAGUACACCUGUUGCUAAAUAACAAAUAAUUGAAAAAAUUAAUAUAGCUCAAAGAUAUCUAUUUUUAUAAACGCUAUGUUCUAAAAACAUAUCGUGAAAUGCAACUUAACUUACCUUCUGCUCUCUACUAAACGAAAUCUAAAUAUCUAAAGCCUAAGUUCAAUAGACGUAUUAUCACUAAAUGCAUUAUAUAAUUUAUAUAUUUAGAUAUAUAUUUAAGAAGUGGAAAAGUGAGCUACCUAUGCGAAUCAUUUAGAAUUUGAAUCUGAAACUAAUUGCAUUCCAUACGAAUGCCCACUGAAACUAUCGAUAAAUAUCUAAGCAAAUCAUUUGUCUUGCACUUGCAUUUAAUUAUUUAACAAACAUUCUGCUGUUUCCAUUCGCACAAUAGUUCUAAUUUGGACAUUAGCAAAUCAUGCUUAGUAUAUGUAUAUGUACCCAAAAUGUAUUUCAUUUGUACGUUCCGUUUUUUAAGUGAUUUGUAACUUGUAACCUUAUAUAUUCAGUAAACAACACAACAUACGUAUACAUUCAUAAUUAUUUAAUGCCAAAUAAAUGUUUAUCGGCGUUCGCUGUCUAUA